AUGGUGGUCGGCAAGAACAAGCACCUUACGAAAGGCGGCCAAAAGGGAGCCAAGAAGAAAGUGGUUGAUCCAUUUUCUAAGAAAGACUGGUACGAUGUGAAAGCGCCAGCUAUGUUCCAUAUAAGAAAUAUUGGAAAAACACUAGGCACAAGAACUCAAGGAACCAAAAUUGCACCUGAUGGUCUCUGA